CCUUCUAAACUCUAAUCACCAUUAACGGCGAGAUUAUUCCACCUGCCUGAACUACUAAUAAUGCCUCCCUCCGCCGAUAUGACCACCCACACUCCCAAAAACAAAGGCUCACUCAUCCUGUUGGUCAUAAACUACCUCCUCCUGUUUGUUGGAUCAGUCUCGUCCACCAUCCUCUCUAAAUACUAUUUCAUUCACAAGGGUUCAAACAUUUGGGUGGCUACAUGGGUUCAGUGUGCUGGCUUUCCUCUUCUUCUCCCCCCAAUUCUCCUCCCUUAUUUUCUCAACCUCACCACCAGAAGACCCUUCACCAAAUUCACCUCCAAAAUCUUCUCCAUCUCCAUCUUCGUCGGCCUCAUGUUGGGACUCAAUAACCUCCUCUUCUCUAUCGGCAACUCCAACCUCCCGGUUUCCACUUCCUCUCUCAUCCUCUCUUCACAACUCGUCUUUAACCUCAUCCUCUCCGUCCUCAUCGUCAAACAGAAGGUCACAUUCUCCAACCUCAACUGCAUCAUCCUCUUAACCGUCAGCUCCAUCCUCCUAGCCCUUGGCUCCAGCCACGACAAGCCACCCGGUCUGACACGUGGGAAAUAUUUCGUCGGAUUCUUCUCCACCAUCGGCGCCGGCUUGCUGUUUGCUCUUUACCUCCCUGUCAUGGAAAAAGUCUAUAGAAAAGUCGACUGCUAUUCAAUGAUGAUGGAAAUGCAGGCGGUGAUGGAGGCUGCCGCGACGGCACUGUCGACGGUGUUGAUGGUGUCGACCGGUGCAUUUGGUGGCAUGGUGAGGGAGGGGAGGGAAGUGUUUGACAAGGGGGAGAGGGUGUAUUGGGUGACGGUACUUUUUAACGUCGUGACGUGGCAGCUGUGCUUUAUGGGGACUGCGGGGAUGGUUUUCUUGACGACGUCGCUGACCGGCGGGGUAUGCAUGACGGCGUUGAUGGGGAUGAACGUGUUGGGAGGAGUGGUGGUUUACGGGGAUAAGUUUGGUGGGGUGAAAGUGGUCUCCACUGUGCUAUGUGUAUGGGGGUUAUGUUCUUAUGUGUACGGGAUUUACAUGAACUCGAAGAAGAUUAGGGAGGAGGACGACGACGAGGACCGCACUCAGGUGAUAGAGGUGAGUAGAAAUCCGAGUGUACAUAACGGUGAAAACUGUGUCUGA